AUGUUCAUAAGGAUAGCGGGCCAAAUUUUGAGGACUGGCUGCCGAAAUAGACCACUAAGUGGAGCAGCAGCGACGAAAACAUGGAUAAGAUCAAACCGGAAUUCUAUUCCUAGUCAGAUUGCUGUUCGUGAGUUCCAUGCAACGGAAGCACGCGAUGUCGUCAAGUCGUUUUUAUUAGCUGAUGUCGGCGAAGGGAUAACUGAAUGCGAGGUUGUGCAAUGGUUUGUUGAGCCCGGCAGCCGAGUAUCCGAAUUCGAGAAAAUAUGCGAGGUUCAGUCGGACAAAGCGUCUGUUGAGAUAACAUCACGAUAUACCGGCACUGUGAAGAAGCUUCAUUAUAAGGUUGGAGAUAUGGCCAAAGUUGGAUUGCCCAUCGCAGACAUCGAAUUGGAAGAAGAAGUUGGUCUUACUGAAGUGGAAGAGGCUGAUCCAGAGAUAGGACGAGAAGGAAGUCCGACCGAACCAUUGUCAGCGAGUUUGGAUCAAGAUAGCGUUGUUGAAGACGUACUAACCGUCAAAGCCCUCAAAGAAAUCGCUCCAGAAAAUAAAGAUGUUGCGAGUGUGUUGACGUUAGCAACACCGGCAGUGAGAAGGUUAGCAAGGGAACAUCAGAUUGACCUGCGAUUGAUAAAGGGAUCGGGGAAGGCAGGCCGUAUAAUGAAGGAAGAUGUAACAGUUUUUGUAAGGAAGAGAAGCGACGAGGGAAUAGCUGAACCCACUUCAUUCUCUCCUAUUUCUUCAACAGCGAUGACAGAUACUCUGAACCCGUUAAGCAAAAUUCAAAGCUCGAUGUUCAAAGCGAUGACCAAAUCUCUUGCCAUUCCUCAUUUCGGUUAUUCAGACGAGUACAUUCUCGACUCGGUAUUUGCAUUCCGAGACAGCUUGAAUGCCGAGAUAUCUCGUCAUAAAGAAAAAUACGCGUUUUCGAAAAUUACGUUUAUGCCGAUUUUCAUUAAGUCAUUCUCAAUGGCACUGGAAGAAUUUCCUAUAUUAAAUUCUUCUGUAGUUGUGGUUGAUGAAAAUGAAACUAUAAUUGGAGGAAGUGAAGAUGCAAUAAGGGACAGAACGGAUGUUGGAAGAGUGAGGUUGAGGUAUAGGAGCGAGCAUAAUGUGGGAAUUGCAAUGGAUACGCCGAACGGGUUGAUUGUGCCGAAUAUUAAAUCGGUACAGAGGAAGAGCAUAUUUGAGAUUGCUGGAGAAUUACACAGGUUACAAGAUCUUGGUAAAAGGAAUGCUAUCCCUGUGAGCGAUUUCAAAGAUGGUACCAUUACUUUGUCUAAUGUUGGUAUUAUUGGCGGAACUUAUCUAAGCCCAGUUGUUGUCUCUGGAGAAGUGUGUAUAAGUGCUAUUGGUAGAAUUCAGCGUGUACCUAGAUUCGAGAUGAUAGAAGAACAGGGGAGACUCGUUGAGAAGAUUGCCGGCAAGAGAAUUGCUAGAGUGAGUUUUAGUGCCGAUCACCGAGUCAUUUUUGGGGCGACUAUAGCGAGAUUCUCGCAGAGCUGGAAGAACUUGUUGGAGAACCCUUUGGUACUGGCAGCGAGAUUGAGAUAA